AUGACAUUACAAAUCUUAGGAAGACAAAAGAAUAAGAAUAAUGAUGAAAAAGUAAAGACAAAGAUAGAUGAAACACUAUUUCGAAGAGUAUGGAAUAACAUAGUGCUACAAAGGUUGAUAUGUUCAAAGAUUAAAGAUUAUCUAUCAAAAGAGGAUCGUGUUGCUUUGAUCACUGGCCCUGCAAAGGUUAUAGAAAGGUACAAGGCUGAUCCAUCACAAUUCAUUAAAAGCAAUAACAAUAGCAUAUUGUCACUCUUUUAUUGUGAGUGCCUCACAGUCGAUCUCUGUAUGAUGUAUUUUGAUACCUAUUGCUCAAAAGUACCUGUUGCAGCAGUAAUAGAUGCCUUAUCAGUCAACAGAAGAAGCUAUAUAGACACAUGGUUGUUUCGUAGGGCGUUUGAUAUUUUCAAAGACAGAGGUAUAAAGCCUGAAUCAAUGACAAGCAUCUAUACUUGGCGAAACGUAAUCAAAUCAAAUAACGUAGAGUUUUACAACUAUGCCAAAUCGGUGCUUCCAAUGCUCGAGAGACACCAUUUCCUAGAUGAUUUGGUUCCAAUAGCAACACAACCAGAAAAUGAUCCUUGGAGUAAAAGUGUACAUCGAUUGCCUGGCACUGAUUUAUUGGCUCAAUUACUCGACGAUCUUAUCGACUUGGAUCCAACCGAGAAUUGGUUAGAGCGCGUUAAUUUCUCGUAUUUGGCAGAGAAUGGAUUAGUAGAUAUCCUCGAGACUAUACAUAAGCAUGCAGGCUCAUGUAUCCCAAUGCUUGUAAAACCUAAAUAUAUAUCUAAAUAUCAAAGUCAAAGUGGCCGUCAACUCAAUGAACACACAAUGAUGGUGGCUAUCCAAAACAAACAAAUCAACUCAAUUCGGUGUCUCUACAAAGUUUUCAAUAUUCCAUUGAGUCAUGCAAAUCUAAUGCUGGUAGCUCGUACCUGUGACCUCCCAUUCAUCAUUGCAUUGCAUAAUAUCGAGCCUGAAGCUGGCCGUCUAUAUACUAUCUUUCUUCAUGUAGUUAGCUUCAAUUUCGGCCUACACUUUCCACCAAAUGAUCCCCAAUGCUAUAUCUUUAGAAAAGAAUUCAUCGAUCAUGUUAAACCUCUUAAUUUCAUUAAUAAGAUACUGGAACAACAAAUCAACACCGAUUUUUCUAUUGGCAAGUGGCCAAGGAUCAAAUACCAACCAAGAAAUGCUCAACACCAUUUUACAAUAUUUCAACAAUCUGGUGACGACACCAAUAUACCAUCAUUAUCAUUUGAUUAA